GACUCUGUCCUAGACUUUGGGCUUUGGACUAGUAAUGAAAAAGUGUGGAUUUUAGAUUUGCUUAUCCUAAAAUUAUAUUGAGCUUAAUAUGGACGUGCGGAUUUGACUGGCUGGGCUGGGAUUUGAUAUGAAUGUCAAUAUCUAGGAUCCGAAUUUAUACUUCUACCAAGGGUCUGACUGAAAUGACAACGGUGGAUGUAGGGUAGAGGCCUUGUAGCUAUGUAGCGCUUGCUUUUUCUCCGUCUUUUCUCUUCAAAUAUGUUGGUAGCAUUUGACUUUUUGCAUAAGCUCAAGAGGAAGACAUAGAAAACCAUACGCUUUUCUCGCUAUACGGGAAGAGCACUAACUCGUACAAAAAUCGGCUGAAACAGAGAGAUCGAUCAAUAUCGAAGAAUUCGAGUACCAAUUCUCGAAAUGUCUUGCUAUUGCGCAAACUACUAUGGCUCCCUCAAUUGCCAGAAUAUGGUUCUAAAAUUUGGUGAUCAGUGCAGUUCAUGUCUUGCUCAAUCUCCAAGUCAUGAUGAAAAGUUUGAAUGGGGUGAUGCACUUCUAGGUCAGCAGUGGUUGGAGAAUUCGAGUAAGGAACAGAUGAGGAGAGAUGAGGAUAAGCCUAGGAGAGGGAGAGUUGGGAGGGCUGUAAAAUGAAGGUGCUAGAUAAGACAAAGGGUGUGAAAGAGGGAAAAAAGUUGUAAUGGUACGAUUGUGUUGGAUCUGUGGAUUAUCGGGUAUAGUUGUGGUCAUCAAAGGGUACUAGGUAUAUAGAAGCUAUAUGGGUGGACGGGUGGAUGGAAAAACUAGGUGUUGUCUUUGGGUGAGAAGUGCUCUUGGGGCUCGACUGAAUUUUGCAGAAGGGAUAACAUUAAUGAUCUUUGCUUUUUUGGAGGUCAAUGGAUUAUCUACAGGUUCCAUUUCACAUGUUCCAAACUUAGGUGGGCAAAAGAUUCAGUAAUUAAGAAAGAAAACAA